AUGGACUUCAUGGCCAACGGGCUCCUGGCUCUUGGGGCUUCACCAGCCAUGGUCCAUGCGGUGGAGGAGCUCGAGCAGGCAAUCUCUGUAGUUGCAGAUCUGCACGGGGCAGUCUCUAUCAACAUAGGGACGCUGGAUCCGAAGUGGAUAGAGUCCUUCAAGUUUGCGGCAAGGACGUGCAAAGCAAAGGGCGUCCCCUGGGUGUUGGAUCCCGUGGCAGCCGGAUUCACCUCACUCAGGACGACGACGGCGACGGAGCUCUUAGACAUUGGAGGGUGCUCGGUGCUCCGUGGCAACGCUUCUGAGAUCAUGGCUGUGGCCGGCACGACAGGGGACGCAAAGGGCGUGGACUCAACUAAAGGCUCAGAUGCCGCUCUGAAAGCUGCCAAAGGUUUGGCGGCCAAGUACAAAUGUGUCGUGUGCAUUUCCGGCGCACUGGACUUCGUCGUUACUCCCAGUGGGCAGGUCUCGAGCUGUGCUCAUGGAGUUGAGAUGCUCACGAAAAUCACAGCGGCUGGAUGCCUCGUCUCCUCGAUCAUAGCUGCCUUCUUGGCGGCCAAGCCUAGGGAUUUCUCUGAUGCUGAGGCAGCUCUUUAUGCGUUCAUCUACUUCGGGAUUUGCUCCGAGGCUGCGAGUCAAAACAGCCAGGGACCGGGCUCGCUACGGCUGAAUCUGAUCGAUCAGCUGUACAAUUUUGACCUCGAGCAAUUGGGUCUUUGCCAGACAGGCGUUCUCGUAGCAUCUGCCCGCAGCGCAGAUGGCAGGACACUACCUUUAGUUUGCCGAUGGCUGAGACGCAUCGGCUCACACACGGUAGAGAUUCCGGGCAUUUCUUCCUCAAUGUACCACGCAUCUGCCGAUGAUGUGGGCAUGCAGAUCAUCUGCCUCGCAGAGGUAGAGCAGCAUCGGAGUGCUAUGGGCAUAGCCCAGUCCUGCAUCGGCCCCUUCGAGCUGGACCCUAUCACCCGGAUGAGCCUGGAGAACAUCGUUUCUUCGGGGGCGAGCCGCUUUCCGGUCCGACAUUUCAGGGAUCAAAAUGAUCCGCAUCCGCGUGAUCUGCAGAUCCAUGUAACCCAGGACCAUGUGAAAGUUGUGCAUCCCGGAGCAGAACGGGGAAGCAAUGAGGUCUUGGCACCGUACUCGGCCGAUUUCCCCAAGGUCAUCAUCCACCCGACAGACACCUGCAAGUUCAGGCUAGAGCUCAGCGAAGAGCAGGACAAAGUCUUCCACUUUGUGGCCUUGUCCAGGACGUCUCGAGAUCUGAUCGCUCUGCUCAUCCGCACAUUCCAUGCCCGACAAUACGUUGCGACAUCCUUUGUGCUCAGCAGGCUGUACCAGGAUCCAGCGCGGCCUGGGGCUCCGUUGACGACAACGCUGGUGCAGGACUUCGACCUUCAGCGGCUUGCCGACCGGCUCGGCAAGGAGCUGGACCGAACUGUGGGCCAGCUCGAAGCAGUCGAGAGGGUGGUGCGCACCUCCAACAACGAGAAGAGAGAGCUACAGGCCCAGCUGUCCGAAACAAUCGGAAGCUAUACCGAGGCGAUUGAGCAGCUUCAUCAGCAGCUAGCGCCAGCUGCCAAGGGUGGAGUGGCCGCAGCACUGCAGCUUCAGAUCCACGAUGGUCGCGCUCUGCACAGCAAGCUUCAGCUUGAACUGCAAGAGCUGAGGCAGCGACUCGACGAGGAGCAGCGUGGAACAGGUCCUGACGGCACAGAUGGGCCGGCGGCACAGAUGAGGGCGCGGACUAUUGAAGCCUACCGGGCCGAGAUCGCAAAGCUGCGAGCGCAAAUCAGUGCGCUUGCGGGAAGCGAGAAGCAGCACUCCGAGCGGGACUCUACAAGAGCGGAGGAGCUCCGAAGACUACGGGGAGAUGUAGAUAGUCUCAGCCGUGAGAAGGAGGGCCUAGAGCGCAUGGUCGCUGAGGGUGCGAAGUCCAAGGAUGAUCUCAUCGAGAACUUCUUGUACGCCAAGGGCUGCCUUGACAAGCUGCAGCUUGCCUGCAUCGAAAAGUCGCCGGCCUGCUCGCCUGAACACGAGCGACAGGUGGCACAGCUGCGGGAGACCUACAACCAGGUUGUGGAUGAGCGCAACCGGCUCAUGAUCCGGGUUGAGGCGUUGGACAAAGACCGAGAGAAGCAAAAACAGUUUCGCGAGUCGACCCUGGAAAAGGCCACUCAAGCAAAUGCCAGGCUCCUGGAAGAGCGGGACAAGCUAGAAAAGGAGAAGGCUCGCGUUUCGACCCUUUACCAGCAGACGAUGGCGAUGCUUGCCCACUCGGCUGCCAGCGCAGACUACGAGGCAGAGGACGAAGCUGUUCUCCAGGCUUUGCGGGAGGAGGUGGCAAAAAAGCGUGAGCUCGUCCAGAAGAAGGAGCAAGAAGGGGAGUCCCUUAGGCAGCGUCUGAAGAAGCUUGCAAUGGCCGGCUGA